AUGACGAACCUCACGUAUUUGUCGUUGUCGUCUCCGGUGGACGCGAUAUCUUCGGUAGAAGAAUGCGCGGCCCCCGGCGGCAACGUCACGAUGACCGGGACGGCCGCCAUGUUGGUGACGGUUAUAGCCGUGACCACCGCGCUGAUCGUGGCCACCGUGUUCGGCAACAUACUGGUCAUCAUGAGCGUGGUCCAGUACCCGCCGCUCCGGUCCGUGCCGAACAUAUUCAUCGUAUCGCUGGCCGUGGCCGACCUGAUGGUGGCCAUCGGCGUGCUACCGUUGAACGUCGUCUACAACGUGACGGGCGUCUGGCUGUUCGGCGGCGUCGUGUGCAAACUGUGGCUGACGUGCGACGUGCUGUGCUGCACCGCGUCCAUAUUGAACCUGUGCGCCAUCGCGCUGGACCGGUACCGGGCCAUCACGCAGCCGAUCGCGUACGCGCAAAAGCGUACAGUGUCCCGGGUCAUGUGGACGGUGGCCUUGGUGUGGAUAGCCAGCGCGGUCAUCAGUUCGCCGCCGCUCAUAGGCUGGAAUGACUGGCCGGACGUGUUCGACGAGCGGACCCCGUGCGCGCUCACUACGCAUCCCGGUUACGUGCUGUACUCGUCUAUGGGGUCGUUUUACAUACCGCUGGUGGUCAUGAGUGUCACGUAUCUGCGCAUCUACGUGGCCACGCGACGGCGGUUGAGACGCCGGGCCCGCCAAGUGGCCAUGCCACAGGGCAGCUGUGCGGCACAACAUUCCGAGGUGGCAGCGACGGCGGUCGCCGCGGCCACGCCACCGACCGCCGCCGCCGGUUCGUCGGCGUCGAAGAACAAGCAGCCGUCGGCCACGGAGACCGUCGACUCGGUCAGCAGCAGCGACGAAGUGGACGGGGCCACGUGCAGCGGUCUGGCCGGCGGUGACAACGGCCACGUCGCCGGCACGAUAGCGUCUGCGUCCUCGUCGGCUUCGGCCACCUCGGCCACCGUCACUGCAGCCGCGGCCGUCACCACCUCGGCCAUCACCCCGAACCGCAGCAGCAACAAAGGGGGUCAGCCGGAACGGCAGCAGCCGAUGGGCAAACACGUCAACCAGCUGCUGGAGCACAAGCAGCGUAUAUCGCUGUCCAAGGAGCGGAAAGCGGCCAAGACGCUGGGCGUCAUCAUGGGCGUGUUCGUCGUCUGCUGGUUGCCGUUCUUCGUCAUAUACCUGUUCUUCCCGUUCUGCAAGUCGUGCUGUCCACCGUCCAAGCUGCUCAUCAACGUGGUCACGUGGCUGGGAUACCUCAACUCCACCGUGAACCCGAUCAUCUACACCCGGUGCAACAUGGACUUCCGGCGGUCGUUCAAGAAGAUCCUGCACAUGGACAACCAGCACCGCUGACUAUUGUUAUUGUCGUUUUUCAACACCCUGUAUAUAGUAUACGAUAAUUUAAUAAUAAUUUUACUAUUGUAUUGUCGGCGUCGUUGGCGUCAUGACGGUACUGCGAUUCGCGGCAAGGCGCGAUCAGUUGCGUUUCGUUUUGUGUGCGAGCGAAUUCGACUUUGGAGUUAGAGCAACGAAAAAUUACGGAGAAUUUUCAAAACACAAACAUUUUACCAUUUUUCAAUCAUUUUUUUUCGAUACCUAUAGAUGCAAUAGAUUAAAUACCAUAAUUUCGACACGAUAUCCCGUCAAAUGCGAUGUCGCAUCUUGUGUUGCGUAUUAUGAUUUUCGCACAAACACAUAGUGACACGAUGUCGCGGCUGCCGGCCGUCGCGACAUUACUUCGAACUUCGCUGGACCGUUUAUUCUGAACGAAUCUCGUGCGACGUGGCCGCCGGGUGGUACGACAACGAAAAUUCGUCAUUUCGGCUCGGCACAUUUCGUAUCGGAAAUACAGAGUGUAAAUCCGCGAGUGAAUAAAAAUCAAUUACUACGCGUUUUACAUACCGCGGCCACACAUUUCGAUAUUAGCAAUAAGUAUAGAUAUCGGCGAUUGGUAUUAGUUAGCAAAACAAUGUUAAAGUCAUAAAAAACGCAAGAGCCGGAUUCACGGGUUAAAAAGUCAAUCCGGAUCGACUGUUCUAACCCGAAUAGCGACAGUUCGAUAAUUCGUUUUGAUCGGCGCAGUGAAAACUGCAAGUGCAUAUUAAAA